AUGGAAUACUGCAAGAAAUGUUCGCGCUGGUUCGUCAGCAUGGCUGCCCUCCAAGACCAUCAACAAAACUCAUCAAGACACGUUAGAACGAUCCCGUGUGAUGGGUGCAAUGCAUUCUUCCAUACGUGGAACGCAUUGCAGCAGCAUCGACUAGCCAAACACAACUACUGCGCUCCUUGUGAACGGCACUUCCGGAGCGCGCAAGGCCUCGCUAUGCACUUAGAUUCCCUCGCCCAUCGGCUGAGGAGAUUUGUGUGUCCAGGACGUCAUUGCAGCAGACGCUGUAAGUGUGCCGCGGGGCUGGUCGCGCACCUAGAGUCAGGUGCAUGCGCGUCCGGAAUGGAUCGCAGCAGUGUAAACAGCCUCGCUGUCGACAUCGACCAAUCGAACAUCAUCACAAAUCCCACGCGCCUUCUCAGCUACCAUGAUGGCGUUAUCACCACUGGUACUGUCAUCACGGCUUAUGCGACACCGCGCUCCUUCAAUGGCAGAUCCUUCGAGUGCUUCAUGUGCCACAGACAUUACCAGACGCUCGAGGGUCUCAAUGAGCACCUCGCGAGCCCAGCUCACGACGAGCAACUCUAUCGAUGUCCCCAGGCUCUGCAUGGCUGUGGCACAGAAUUCCGCACCCUCAGCGCUCUGUGCCAGCAUGUAGAGAGCGAGAAGUGUCGUAUUAGGAGGUUCAAUGCCCCAAUGCAAAAGGUCAUCGAAUCGAUGGCGAGCGCAUUGAAGGGGUUGAUCCUCUGA